AACAUCAGCUGAGUAUAGGACAGGACACAGAUCACAAGAACUGGGACACAGACUUACUUAAACAUUCUCCAGCAGCUCUCGCUCAGUGGGAAUCAUCCAGGGAAUCUGUGCCUCUCAUCCUGUGGACUGCUGACUGAGCCCCGGGCUAAAAGUCUUUGUGGCAUCUUCCAGUAGUAACCAUGACGACUACAGAGCGGCCUAACGGACUACACCAUCGAAACAUCAGGACCCAUCAGUCAGAUGACACGUCCAGCUCCGAUGGGGCCCGUGGAAAUGUGCAAGAGGAAGAUUUGAGGCAGUGGCAAAACUAUGCAGAGAGGGUAAAGGUGAGAGUACUGGCGCAGGUCCAGGAUCACCUCAGUGAAAUCAUCGACAGAGCUCUGAUUGAGUCUGUUCAGCCCCCCAGCAACAGCCAGCCGCCAGUUAAUGGAAAGACAACAAAACAACACUCAUCCGGAUAUCAGAGAAUGGAUGAUGGCAAAGUGUUUAUGGACAGAGCAUCACUGUUGGAUGAGCUGUUUGAAAUCAGCCACAUCAGAACCAUCUACCACAUGUUCAUAGCCAUACUCCUCAUCUUCAGUUUGAGCACGUUGGCUGUCGACUACAUCGAUCAGGGCAGGUUGGUCUUGGAGUUUGACCUGCUGCUCUAUGCCUUUGGGAAGCUGGGGACGGUCACCUGGGCCUGGACUAUUAUGUUUGUUUACACCCUGUGUGUUCCCUACUGCACUCUGGUGUUUUGGGGUUCCUUGUACCACAAGUUCCCCUACAAGCUGGGUCUGUCUCUGGGGACAGGGUUGCUGAUGUCUGCCAUUCAGAUGUGCGUGCUGGGAGUGUUCCCCAUCUACGUGGUCGUACAUCACCAGCUACCUCCUGCCUCACGCUUCAUUGUGAUACUGGAGCAGAUACGAUUCCUGAUGAAAGCCUACUCUUUCAUGAGAGAAACGACUCCAGUUAUUAUGAAGAAUACACCAAAGGAAGGAGAAAGUCCCAGAUUCCCAACAUUUUCCAGCUAUCUGUACUUCCUCUUCUGUCCCACACUCAUCUACAGAGAAUCAUAUCCUCGAAAUAGCCACAUACGAUGGAGGUAUGUUGGUGUUACUGCUGGCAUGACGCUGGGAUGCCUGUUUUACGGCUACUUCAUCCUGGUGCGUCUUUGUAUUCCCAUCUUCAAACCCGACACCAAGCAGCCAUUUAGCAAACGAACAAUGGUUCUGGCUGUGUUCCACUCUGUAUUACCAGGUAUAAUGCUCCUUCUGCUGUGUUUCUUUGCCUUCCUGCACUGCUGGCUCAACCUCUUCGGGGAGCUGCUGCGUUUUGCUGACAGGAUGUUCUACAAGGACUGGUGGAACUCGACGUCUUUCGCCAACUAUUACCGUACUUGGAACGUGGUGGUUCACGACUGGCUGUAUUACUACGGAUACAGAGACAUCCUCUGGCUGUCGAAAAGGAAAUUCCGAACAGCUGCCAUGCUCUCGGUUUUCAUCGUCUCUGCUGUUGUCCAUGAGUACGCUUUAGCCAUGGGCUUUGGCUUCUUCUAUCCCGUCAUGUUCAUUCUCUUUGCAGUCUUUGGAGUGAUAUUCAACUUUACCAUGAACGACAAACGAAAGAGUCCCAUGUUCAACGUCAUCAUCUGGAUGUGUCUCUUCCUCGGUCAAGGUGUCCAGGUGUGUCUGUACUGCCAGGAGUGGUACGCACAGAUACACUGCCCACGGAAAGGGGAUAGUCUGUGGGAGCUGCUGGUGCCUCGAUCUUGGUCCUGCAGCUACGAGUGAUGAAGCUGCUCUUCUCUUGGACUGGAUGAAUUAAUGAUGCAGGUGUAAAAAUCAAGGUGGAGCUCUGAACUGAUUGAACAUCGGAGAGAGCGAGGAAGGACAGCGGCUUGAAAGGCUUGUAAAUAGCAAAAGUUUUCUGUUUAGUGUGCAGAAGUUUUAUCACGGUCAAGAUGUGACCGUAACCUUUGUUCAGGUGUGAACACUGAAUUAUUUCAGGUUUUUAUUUGCACUGGUGUUAUUAGAUAUUUGUUAGUAAGUCUGGCGUGAUAGAAUACCGUACAUUAAUUACGACCUAGUUUGUUGAUAGAAAAGUGCAUAUAAAGUGCACAGUUUGGUGAAAAUCCAAGUCGUUUUCACAGUCCUGUUUGUGUACAGAUUAAACAAGACAGAAGGUGGUGUUUUAGAGAGCUUUAGACAGGCUGAGGUUUUUCACCCACAGAUGGAGCAAAUCCAGCUGUCUCCUCAUUUCUAUUCUUAAUGCAAAACUAGGUUGGUCAUGUACAUAAUAAUGCACAUGUUAAAAAAAAGUACUGUAUGUAAGCUAUAGGAGAUCUUAAUUUAUAACCCUAACAUCCCUGAAUGUAAUUCUUGAAAAUUUUUAAUAUAUUUAAAUGUUGUAAUACAAACCCCUGAAGACCUCAGACCAAAGAACAAUUUUAUUGUAGAUAAAAUGCUUAAUUCAAUUUCAAUUCAAUUCUAUUUAUAUAGCGCCAAUUACAGUCAAGUUGUCUCAAGGCGAUUUAUAGAACCCAUAUGCCUGACCCCCAGAGCAGCCCUAAGGUGACAGUGGCAAGGAAAACACCCUUUUAACAGGGAAAAAAACCUUGAGCAGAACCAAGCUUUUAUGUGGGGUUUUAUUUUUAUUAAAAAAUAAAAAUUGCAUUUUUAUUUUUAAUGUAUUUAUAUUAAACCCAUGUUUGGUUACAAAACCUAAAAGGAAAGCAUCAUUUUCUCUUAGCUUCUUAAAGAUUUGUAUCUUUGAUUUUUUCUUUGUUAUAAGAUUUACAAAACUGGGAACAGGUCAAAUGAGAGGCAACUUUAAACAGGAUGGAGCCUGACCUACAGCGUGUGCUGCAUGUUUAAUCCCGCCUCGGUUGCCAUUCAGCUGGCAGGGAUUGGUCAGGAGAGCAGGUAUGCUGCAGCAACCAACCACAGGCCACAUGGUGUCUUAUCAGUGGGCCACAAAGCCUCUGUGUGUCUGCCUGCAAUGUCAUACAGGAAAGAGAGGAUUAAGGCUGGUACAGUGUUUGCGUUAGUGAUGUAAUGCUCUGUAAACUGAUAUACCGUAAUGCCAUAAGAGCUCAGGGAAGCAGUUUUAGAGGCAGCGCCAAAAGAGGAAUUGCUUUUUCUGUUGUCUACUUUUGACACAGUGUAUAAUAAAAAUGUGUUUUUUGUAUUUUCAUUUGA